AUGAUUUCUUGUGAUACAUUUCAGGUGUUCCACAUCUGUCAGGCAGGAGGCAGAAUCGAUUCGUUCCUUUGUCCCAACGGCACAGUCUUCAACCAGCAAUACUUCGUGUGCGAUUGGUGGUACAACUUUGACUGUUCCACGGCUGAACAGUUCUACGCUUUGAAUGCUGAGAUAGGCAAUUUCAAUGGAAAUGGAUACACAAACGGAAAUGGUUAUAAUGGAUAUGCUAACGGUAAUGGAUACACCAACGGUAAUGGCAACAAUGGAUACAUCAACGGCAAUGGUUACAAUGGUCAUAGGAAUGGUAAUGGAUAUACCAACGGCAACGGUUACACCAACGGUAAUGGCAACGGCAACGGUUACACCAACGGUAAUGGCAACGGGAACGGUUACACCAACGGUAAUGGGAAUGGGAAUGGAUAUACCAACGGCAACGGAUACACCAACGGCAUGGCAACGGAACAGAUAUAA